UCAAUUAUCGGUCGAAAACAGCUGUCGUUGUUUGGAUUACGAGAUAGUAAAUAGCAAUAUUGAAAUUAAAUUUUUGGGCUGUGGAAUCGGGGAAAUAUGGCUUUCCUGCUAAGACAAGUGGCCCGUACGGGAAUCCAGAGAAAUCUAAUCCUGAUGCGGCACGCGAGCGCCUCCACAUCCGCUAAUCCCGAGCUGAGCGUCCAGGUGAGCGAGAGUUGCAUGAAGCGCCUCCGCGAGAUCUGCGUGGACGGCUCCUUUCUCCGGGUGACGGUCGAGGGAGGCGGAUGCUCCGGCUUUCAGUACAAGUUCGAUUUGGACAAGCAGCUUAACGAGGAUGACCGGCAGUUUGGCGAGGACCAGGCUAAAGUGGUCAUCGAUAACAUCUCGUUGGAGUACUGCAGUGGAGCAACCGUGGAUUACCACAGCGAACUCAUACGGGCCGGAUUCCGGAUGGUGGCCAAUCCGCUGGCGGAACAGGGCUGCUCCUGCGGCUCCUCCUUUUCGAUCAAAUUGUAGUUUAACGUUUAAACUGUAGAGAAUUAUUUAAUACACAUAUUAUGUUCAGUUA